AUGCCCUUGGACGUGAUCCGCGUCACCGACCUCGAGCUGCGCACCGCGUCGCUCGGCGUCGACUUGUGGCUCCGCCCGCGCAAGCCUCAACCCCUCGUCUGCUCGCUCGACAUCCGCACCUCGGUCCGCUCAGAGGCCAACGAGGACAACCUCCUCACCGACUCGCUCAACUACGGCACCGUCACAAAACACAUCGAGCGCCACAUCGCCCAACUCGCUCCGCCUUCGUCCACCGACGACGACCACGAGCUCCCGCUCGAACAACUCGCAGAGCAGCUGUGCUACGUCGUCCUCUUCCACGCCAGCGCACCAAACGUCCGCCUCGAGCUCCGCCGACCUCGCGCCCUCCUCACCGCCGAGGCCGUCGGCGUCGUCCUGUCGCGCUCCCGCUCCGACUACACCGCCUCGCCCUCUCCUCCUUCGUCCUCCUCCUCGAUUGCGACCUCGCCCUCACCGACACCGACCUACACCCUCCGCCCCGACGCACCCUCCCUCGCCGACGACACCCUCUUCGUCCGCGCCCUCCGCCGCCAGAUCAUCAUUGGCCUCAACCCGUGUGAGCGCCUAGACGAGCAAGAAGUCAUCGUCGACCUCGAGUUCGGCCCCGACACGAUGUCCAUGACCCGCUUGCCCAACGGCGCCCGAGCUGGGUGGGCCCACUGGCGCAAGGCCGUCAAGCAGGUCGAGCAGCACCUCUCGUCGUCGGGCCCGCUCACGAUCGAGCACGUCGUCACCUCGAUCUCGUCCCUCCUCCUCACCCCUCCCGCCGUCCCGCUGUCGUCCACCACGCCGCCGACGCCCGGCUGGGACAUCUCGCGCACGACCGUCCGCGUGUCCAAGCCGUCGGCCCUCAUGUUUGCCCGCCACCCGUCGGUCCAGGUGACGCGCACGCGCGCCGACUUUGCCGCGCUCGCGCUCGUGCCCGGCGUGCGCGCCCUCUCGACCUCGGCGUCGUUCUCGCCCGCGCACGCGCACGUCGCGUACCUCGGCCUCGGCACCAACCUCGGCGAGCGCGCGGGCAACUUGAACGACGCCGUGAGCCGCCUUGAGCAGCUCGCCGACGGCCACGUCAAGGUCGUCGACACGAGCUUCCUGUACGAGAGCGAGGCCAUGUACCACGAGGAGCAGGCAAAGUUCCUGAACGCGGCCGUCAAGAUCUCGACCUCGCUCUCGCCGACGGCGCUCCUCACCGUGUGCAAGUCGGUCGAGGAGGCCCUCGGGCGCGACUUUACGACGUUCCGCAACGGGCCCCGCGUCAUCGACCUCGACGUGCUCCUGUACGACGACGUCGUGCUCGACACGCGCUCGGCCGAGGCGGCGGCGUCGUCGGCAGCGGGCGAGCGAGAGAAGGAGAGGGCGGGCGAGGACAGGUGGCUGAAGGUGCCGCACCAGGGGAUCCAGGAGCGAGAGUUUGUCCUGCGCCCGCUCGUCGACCUCGCUCCCGACCUCGUCCUCCCCACCCUGCGCGAGACGCCGCUCGCGCUCCUGCGCACCCUCCUCUCGUCGACCCGGUCGACCGUCCACCGCGUCUUUCCCCUCUCGCGCUCCGUCGUGCACCCCUACUCGCGCCCGACUGCCCUGUCGACGAUCGCCUCGACCCGCACGCUUGUCAUGUCGAUCGUCAACACGACGCCCGACUCGUUCUCGGACGGCGGCGACGCGGCGACGGUCCCGCUCGCGCUCGCAGCGUGCGACGCCCACCUCGCCGCCGGCGCCGACAUCCUCGACCUCGGCGGCAUGUCGACGCGCCCGAACGCGCCCGACGUCCCUGCCGCCGACGAGGCGGCGCGCGUCGUGCCCGUCAUCGCCGCCCUGCGCGAGCGCGACGUCUCGGUCCCGCUCUCGGUCGACACGUUCCGCGCCGAGGUGGCGCGCCAGGCGCUCGACGCCGGCGCCGACGUCGUCAACGACGUGUACGGCGGGCGCGGCGAGGGCAUGCUCGAGCUGCUCGCCGAGCGCGCGUGCCCCGUCGUCCUCAUGCACUCGCGCGGCGACCCGUCGACCAUGGCCGGCCUCGCGCAGUACCCUGGGCCCGGCGGCGUCGUCGCCGGCGUGCGCGCCGAGAUGGAGCAGAUGGUCGAGCGCGCCCUGAGCAAGGGCGUCCGGCGGUGGAACGUCGUCCUCGACCCGGGCAUCGGGUUCGCCAAGACGGCGCAGCACAACUAUGCGCUCCUGCGCGCCCUGCCACGCCUCUUUGGCGGCGACGGUGACGGCGCCGACUCGCCCCUGCGCGAGUACCCGGUCCUCGUCGGCCUGAGCCGCAAGCGGUUCCUCGCGCCGCACAAGGGCGACGCCAAGGACCGCCUCGCCGAGACGCUCGUCGCGACGGGCACGUGCGUCGCGAGCGGCGUGUGCGAGGUCGUCAGAGUGCACGACACGCGCGAGGUCAAGGACGCGCUCGCGGUCGUCGACGCGAUCCAUCGGCCGGCGGCGGUAGAAGCCGAGGAGGUCUAGACGGGGUCGUUCUCGAGGGAGAAGCUGAGGGUCUGUGCGCCGUUCAACAGCGUGUUGUAGUGUCCUUUCCUACGAGCCUCAACGAGCUUAUUGCCACCACCUC